AUGCCAGAUACAAUGUCUCAGGUUCAUCGCUUUACUUGCAUUCAUGGACUCUUACAUCUUGGCAUCGAUGUCCUGUACACGGACAUGGACACCUUCUGGCUCCGCGAUCCCACGCAUCGAAUCCUUUCGUCUGCUUCGGAUUGGGACGCACUCUUCGCUCGCCAUGGGGAUGCAGAUUGCAUUAACAUCGGUGUAUUCCACUUGCGCGCUUCUGCGAACACCGUGCUAUGGAUGUCCCAGUUCAUGGCAUGGUAUCAUGACCACCCUUUCGAGAUUGAUCAACGUGGCCUACACAUAUUCCUGAGGCUUCCAGCUGAGAAAAUGAAGAUCUCCUACUACCCGAAGGACUUGGUUCAGAUCCGUGGUUCCGUCCUGAAUGAUACGAAUGAGGUGGUCAUCGGCCGGGUCGGCUGGCACGGCGCCCUCUCGAGGAUGCUUAUCUUUCACUGGUGCCAUGAGCCCAUCGAGCUGAAAGAAGGAGAGCUGAACGCAGCUUUCGAUGCUUCCGAGAGCCUCGCAUCUCACAACCUGCCAAUCUCACUGGCACUGCUGGUCGUCUCCAGCGCAAACGCGGAGACAGCGUGGGCACCAGUCCUGCGCAUGCGGCGCAUCUUGGAAGCGUAUGAGACAAAGCAGCCGAUCAACCGCACUCCCUGUUGGUAA